GAUGCAGUCGUCAGUAGGAGGACGCGCGCUUUCAGGUUGGCACGAAGACACAUUUCACCUGUCGGCCGCAAGUUUUUUGGGGGUUAAACUUAUCGUUUAAAUUACGUUUUUAGUUGUUCUCUCAUUAGGUGACGCAGAGAUGGGUGCAGAUAAGCGGGUUAGCCGCACAGAGCGCAGUGGCAGGUACGGUUCCGAGCAGUCUCGUGAUGACGACAGACGAGACCGGCGAGAUCGUGACGAUCGAGGAUAUGACUCCCACCGCUGGAGCGACGAUCGGCGCAGUGACCGCUACGAUGGAGACAGAGGGGAUCGUAGUGAUCGGUACUGGAGCAGAGACAGUCCUGAGCGGGGUAGGAAGCGGCGUAGCAGUGACUGUUCUGAUGACGGUCACCAUUCUGAUGGUGAUUACUCUGAGCAUGACUACAGGGGAGACCCAGCUGAUGAAAAGGAGAGUAAGACCAUCAUGCUUCGUGGUCUGCCUGUCAAUAUCACAGAGGCAGACAUUCGAGCAGCCAUCGACCAGUUAGAAGGACCGCAGCCAAUGGAUGUGCGGUUGAUGAAAAAGAGAACAGGUAUAAGCCGAGGUUUCGCCUUCGUGGAGUUUUAUCACUUGCAAGAUGCUACCCGAUGGAUGGAGACCAAUCAGAAGCUGCUAAACAUACAGGGCAAGACGGUUGCCAUGCACUACAGUAACACUCGACACAAGUUUGAAGACUGGCUUUGCAAUUCGUGUGGCCUGUACAAUUUCCGGAGGAGGCUCAAGUGUUUCAGGUGUGGUGCCGCUAAAUCGGAUUCCGAAAGCAGUGUAACUGCUGGAAACACAGAAACCCAGUCCAGCGGUGAUUACUAUGGAGACACAAUCAUCUUGAGGAACAUCGCUCCACUUUCUACUGUUGAGGGCAUUAUGGCAGCCCUGGCACCAUAUGCUAAUUUGUCCCCCAGCAACAUUCGCCUUAUCAAAGACAAGCAGACCGGACAGAAUAGAGGAUUUGCUUUUGUCCAGCUGUCCUCUCCUUUGGAGGCAUCGCAGCUCCUCACCAUCCUGCAGGGUCUGCAGCCCCCACUCAAACUGGACGGGAAGACCAUUGGGGUCGACUAUGCCAAGAGUGCUCGGAAGGACUUGCUGUUGCCAGAUGGGAACCGCAUCAGUGCUUUCUCUGUAGCUAGCACAGCAAUUGCUGCUGCUCAGUGGUCCUCUAGCCAGCCACAGCAAAGUGUGGAACCAGCAUCGGAGUACAGCUUUCUGCAGGAAGGAUAUGUGCCUUAUUCACAGGAAUAUCAAGCCCAGUUUCAACAGCAGGGGGGAGCAUCAGACCCAUCUCAGGCUAAUGGCAUACUCGGAGCGGCUCCUGGAAUAAAGGUUCUCCCUGCAGCUGGAGCAGUGGUCAUCUCUCAGGGUGCCCAUGUUUAUCAAUCCCAUAUCAUUAGCCAGCCAGCCACACAGACAGUGCAGCCUGCAACCAUCACAGCUGCUGCCACCAUCUCGGCUCCUGCAGCUUCUGCAGUAUCUGUAUCUGCCACAGCUUCAGUAUCUCCCGCAGCUACUUCAACUUCCACUUCAGAUGUUAAACCAUGUGCCCCUGAUACUUCCACCUACCAGUUUGAUGAAUCAUCUGGCUACUACUAUGACCCUCAGACGGGACUAUAUUAUGACCCCAACACACAUUAUUACUAUAACUCGUACACACAGCAGUACCUGUAUUGGGACAGCGAGAAGCAAGCAUAUGUUCCUGCAGUGGAUUGCAACACUGCUUCAACUCCUUUUAAAGAGAGCAAGGAGAAGAAGGAAAAGCCCAAAAGCAAAACUGCUCAACAGAUUGCAAAGGAUAUGGAGCGUUGGGCUAAAAGUUUAAACAAGCAGAAGGAGAACUUCAGGAGCAGUUUCCAGCCUAUCAGUCAGGAAGAGAGGAGAGAAGCGGCGGCAGCAGAUGCUGGAUUCACGCUGUUUGAGAAAAAACAGACUGGUGGUUUGGAGAGGCUUGUUUCAGAGGCAGUGAAGACUACAGAAGAGGAAAGUUCAUCCUCAAAGGUAGGACUUGUGGCUGCCUACAGUGGAGACAGUGAGCCCGAGGAGGCUCCAGAAGGCGACGACAAGGAGGACAAAUUGACGGACUGGAAAAAAAUGGCCUGCCUCCUGUGCAGGAGACAGUUCCCCAGUAAGGAAGCACUAAUUCGCCAUCAACAGCUCUCAGACCUGCACAAGCAAAACUUGGAGGUUCACAGAAGAUCCAAGUUGACUGAAGCAGAGUUGGAGGAGUUGGAAAGAAAAGAGACUGAGAUGAAGUACAGAGACAGGGCAGCUGAGAGGAGAGAGAAGUAUGGCAUUCCUGAGCCUCCAGCACCAAAGAAGAGGAAGUUCACCCAGCCAGCCCCAGUAGUAGUGAAUUAUGAACAGCCCACGAAGGAUGGGCUGAACAGUGACAACAUUGGCAAUAAGAUGUUGCAGGCUAUGGGCUGGAAGGAGGGAAAAGGUCUUGGCCGAAAUCAGCAAGGCAUCACAGCACCUAUUGAGGCCCAGAUGAGAACGAAGGGAGCCGGGUUGGGUACCAAAGGCAGUAAUUACACCCUGUCUGCAUCAGAUACAUACAAGGAUGCUGUGAGGAAAGCCAUGUUUGCACGCUUCACUGAAAUAGAAUGAGGGUGUAAAGUCCUUUCAUUGCGUGCUAUAAGAUGGUCUUCGCGUCCAUGAGAAGCUGUAUAUACGUAUGGUGAACUGGUGAUGACCGGUGUGUGUGUAUAGUGUCUUGAGAAAUUUUUUGGUUUUUUUUGUUUGAGAGGGACAUUUUUGAACAAAUAAACUCAACUGUAAAGUUUGUACAUAAAGAGAAUAAAAUAAGUUGAAUUAUGUUAA